AUGCCCUACUCAAUAUCCGUCAACCAGCCCGCCCUGGGCCCUGUCCCUGAGGGUGCAAAGUCCAAGCCUCACCAUGUGAAAAACAAUGAUGGCACCAUUAACCGGUUCCAAAAUCCCCACCCCUCUUACAAAGCCGCGUUCCAGCCUUGGCAGUAUCCUCUCAAGGCCAUCAUGGGCCAACUGGACGGCAGCAUGAGGAUGCCAGCCCCAAAGGGCGAGACGGUCCCCAUCCGGACGCCCACCUUCCUGACCUCGCGCCUGGGCUCCCAGGACCUGAGGACCACCUGGCUGGGCCACGCGUGCCACUACGUCGAGUACCCGUCCGGGCUGCGCGUGCUCUUCGACCCGGUCAUGGAGGACCGCUGCUCGCCCUUCACCUUCGCGGGCCCCAAGCGGUACACGCGCAGCGCCUGCGGCGUCGCCGACCUGCCCUUCCUGGACGCCGUGGUCAUCUCGCACAACCACUACGACCAUCUCUCGCUGCCGACCGUCCAGGAGGUCAAGGCGCGCUUCCCCCAGGCGCACUUCUUCGUUGGCCUGGGGCUGGGCCGGUGGUUCCGCGAGUCCGGGGUCGACAACGUCACGGAGAUGGACUGGUGGGAGGACGCCGAGGUGACGGUCAAGCCGGACAGUGACGGCAACGGCGGCGGCGGCGAGGAGAUCACAGCGGCGGUGUCCUGCCUCCCCGCGCAGCACGGCUCGGCCCGCAGCCCCUUCGACCACGAGAAGACGCUGUGGUGCUCGUGGGCGGUGAAAUCAGCCGCCAAGUCGGCCUACUUCGCGGGCGACACGGGCUACCGCUCGGUGCCGGCGGUGGCGGGCGGCGAGGAGGCCACGCACGGCUACGGCGAGGACCAGCAGCACCUCGCGGGCCUGCCGACGAACCCGGACUUUGCGGAGAUCGGCGCCCUGCGCGGGCCCUUCGACGUGGGCCUCAUCCCCAUCGGGGCGUACGCGCCGCGCCUGCUCAUGUCGCCGCUGCACGCGGGCCCCGCCGACGCCGUCGAGAUCUUCCGCGACACGCGGUGCCGCGCCGCGCUGGCCAUCCACUGGGGCACGUGGGCGCUGACCUCGGAGCCCGUCAUGGAGCCGCCCCAGAGGCUGAGGGAGGCGUUGAAGCGGAGGGGCAUCCCCGAGGAGGGGGUCUUUGAUAUCUGUGAUAUUGGCGAGACGCGCGUGUUUUGA